ACUGGUUGCACGGCGUGUUUUGCUUGCGUGAAAGGAAAACAAAUAAUCAAAACAACGGGGGGAGUUUAUAGAAUAAUACGCAGUUUCAGGUACUUUCACCAGCCUGGGUCAAGGAUUAUAUCAGCCAUGAGCGAGAGUGAGAAAAAGGAGGAGAAGCCGACGACGCACUCAAAUUCAUCAUCUAGUGACGAAGAGGAGGGCUCAGACGCCACAAUGGAUAUGAUUCGUCGCUUCUUUGCUCACACUCUGAAUCUGGGUGGCUCCACGGACGCAAAGGCAGACCUCAAGGUGGAGAAGGUUAUACCCAAUUUGUCGUUCGAGGGUUUUGCCGACCACUGGCGUGAGCAUGGAUUCCGGAAUAUUGUGACCAUGGUGGGAGCCGGCAUUUCCACUUCUGCCGGCAUUCCGGACUUCAGAUCGCCUGGUUCCGGGCUAUACAGCAACCUGAAGAAGUACAAGCUGCCACAUCCCACGGCCAUAUUCGAUCUGGACUAUUUCGAGAAGAACCCGGCGCCGUUUUUUGCCCUGGCCAAGGAACUGUACCCGGGCUCCUUUAUUCCCACUCCGGCCCACUACUUUGUCCGUUUGCUGAACGACAAGGGUCUGCUGCAGCGCCAUUACACCCAGAACAUAGACACUUUGGACCGACUGACGGGUCUGCCCGAGGACAAGAUCAUCGAGGCACACGGUAGCUUCCACACCAACCAUUGCCAGAAGUGCCGCAGGGAAUACGACAUGGCCUGGAUGAAGGCGGAAAUCUUCGCCGAUCGUCUGCCAAAAUGUGAGCAAUGCAAGGGCGUAGUCAAACCGGACAUCGUCUUCUUUGGCGAGAAUCUGCCGGAGAGGUUUUAUACCAGCCCCGAUGAGGAUUUCCAGGAUUGCGAUCUGCUCAUUAUUAUGGGCACCUCGCUGGAGGUCCAGCCGUUUGCUUCUCUAGUCCAAAGGCCUGGACCACGAUGCCUGCGCCUGCUGAUCAACCGCGAUCCCGUGGGUCAGGCCAGUUUUGUGCCCUGGAUGGAUCCCCAUGAGCGAUCGCUGCUCUACGACAAGCCCAACAACACGAGGGACGUGGCCUACUUGGGUGACUGCGAUUCUGGCGUCCUGGCUUUGGCCAAAGCUCUGGGCUGGGAGGAUGAGCUGCAGCAACUCAUUACCAGUGAAAAAGAGAAACUGAAUGCCAACCAGCCGCAAAAGAAGAACAAGGAGAAGGGCAACGAUAAACCGCAUUCAGACCCAGAUGACACAGCUUCCAGCAGUGAAACCAAGAAGGACGCUUCGCUCUAGACCCAGAGAUUAGUUAGUACGAUUCGUAGUUAAUUUGUAGUUGUUGAAGUGUGCAAUUUGUUAACAUGGAUUACGUGGUUAAAACGGACAAUGCCAUGUGCAGGCAACGCUGGCUAA